AUGGAGUUCACCAAAGGACAUGCUUUGACGACGGUCUACGGCCGGGAGGGCCGCACGGCCGCGGCGGAGUUCAAGGUGAAGGACGACGGCAAGCUGAAGCUCGAGAUGAGCACGUUCAAGGACCUGCAGAUGGCCACGUACACGCACGGGGACUUCGAGUUCAAGGCCUCGAACAAGGACCUCUUCGCCAAGUGGAAGGUCGGCAAGGGCUUCACCGUGUCGCAGCUCGUCAAGCACAGCGACGGCUUCAAGGUGGUGCCGUCGCCCGUCGUGGAGUACCAGCACAAGAUGGACGACAACCUGAAGGCGACGCUGGUGCACGACUUCCAGAACCGCAAGUCCCGCGGGCGCCUGACGUACGAGAAGAAGCCGUGCAAGGUGGAGUUCAUCGCGGACAAGAAGCAGGAGUCUGACAAGAUCACCACGACCGUCAGCGCCGAGUACAAGGGCAUCGAGGACCUCAAGCUGACCGGCGCGAUCUACUCGGACGGCGCCAACUCGCUCGGCGCCGAGUACAAGCCCAUCGAGGGCCUCACGCUGCGCGUCUCCUACGGCAUCGAGCGCCUGCGCGAGAACGUCGCGAAGCUCGCCAAGCGGCCGUUCGAGUCGGACACCGUGUUCAAGUCCCCCGGGCUCAUCGGCGCGGAGUACAAGCUCAAGGUUACUGACAUCAAGGGCUACGACGUGUGCCUCGUCGCCGACGUCGAGGACGACCUGGCGAAACCCGAGACGAAGCCGCAGGUGGCGCUCAAGAUCACCCUCGGCUAG